GGAAAUGGUGGCAAAUGGCAAACUCCACAUCAACAAGCAAAACUCGCUUCUCGAUCAAGUGGGAAGAUAGAGCCCGGUGAUGCUGGUAUUUGGGCAACUUGUGCAAGAGGUGUGGAACGAAAGGCGGCAGCGGAGCUCAAAGCUAUGUUGGAAGAGUGUGCAGAAAGAUUCUAUGGCCUUAAGUCAGCACCCGAUGAACCAGAAGGUGAUGAAAACUCUGAUGAUAUCGAGGCUGUCAUAAAGAAGGAGCUAGCUUCUAUGGAUCAGAAGAAAGAUGGCAACACAGAGCUGUUCACACAAAUACACAUGGAUCUCCAGUGCGUCUUAUUCUUCAAGACUCGGUCCGGCAUAGACCCCGUAGAUUUCGCACACAAAAUCUGUGAGGAGAUUGUUGCGAAUCCGAAGAUCCGAAGAAUGAGAUACAUCAAUCGUCUAACACCAAUGACCUUGUUCGGAAAGGCGACUGAGAAGGGACUUGAGGAUCUGUCGAAAUCAGUGCUUGGAAAUUAUUUCAAGCUGAAUACGCAGAAUGGUGAGGGCAACAAUAGUAGCGAAGAUAACCAAAGUCUUCCUACGAAUGAGACUUCGCAGGACCAUGCCAACUACUCUUAUGCUAUUCGACCAACUAUUCGAAAUCAUAAUACUCUCAAGCGGGAUGCAGUCAUCAAACAAAUUGCAUCGUCGAUCGCGGACACGCACAAGGUUGAUCUGACGAAUGCAGAGAAAGUGAUUGUGGUGGACAUAUAUCAGACGGUGUGUGGGAUGAGUGUAGUUGGAGGCGAUUGGGAAGCAUUGAAGCGAUUUAACCUGGCUGAACUAUACUCGCAUGGCCAGUCGACGCUGAAUGCUAAGGCUGCUUCAGAUGCUGAGGCUAAACUUCAAAGCGUAGCAACAAUCGAGGGUGCCGGCGUGGCUACUACCGACAACACGGGGCCUUAA